ACGGGGUGCAGUGCAAGGCUGUAGGGCACGGAUAGAAGGUGGUAUUUGUAUUUCAGAUCGCCUGUAAAAUCAUCGAAGGAAAUGGAAGCUUUGGUAUGCAGGAAGCUCGGUGAUCCAACAACCCCACCCGAUUCGUCGGAAGAUUCUUCUCUCACUGUCUCAACAUCUCACCCAAUCCCCAAACUUGAUUCUCCCACUUCAGUCAGAGUUCGAAUCAAGUCCACCAGCUUAAAUUAUGCCAACUACCUUCAAGUCCUCGGUAAGUAUCAAGAAAAGUUCGCUUUGCCUUUCGUUCCUGGUUCCGAUUUCUCCGGCAUCGUCGAAUCCGUCGGUCCCGAUGUCACCAACUUCAAAAUCGGCGAUCCUGUUUGUUCCUUCGCCGGUGUAGGUUCUUUCGCCCAAUUUAUCGUUGCCGAAGAGAAGGAUUUGUUUGGAGUUCCUGAUGGGUGUGAUCUGGUGGCUGCUGGUGCACUUCCAGUUGCAUAUGGAACAUCUCAUGUAGCUUUGGUUCAUAGAGCCAACCUCAAAUCUGGUCAGGUGUUGCUAGUUCUUGGUGCAGCUGGAGGUGUUGGUCUUGCAGCUGUUCAGAUCGGAAAGGUUUGUGGUGCCACUGUCAUUGCCGUUGCUAGAGGAGCCGAGAAAGUAGAAUUUUUGAAGUCAAUGGGCGUGGAUCAUGUUGUUGACUUGAGCAAAGGAGGUGUUAUUGAAAGCGUGAAGGCAUUUUUGCGAACACGAAAGCUGAAAGGGGUCGAUGUUUUGUAUGAUCCGGUUGGAGGCAAGCUUACGAAAGAAAGCAUGAAGUUGUUGAGUUGGGGAGCACAAAUUUUAGUUAUAGGGUUCGCAAGUGGCGAGGUCCCUGUUAUUCCUGCUAAUAUCGCCCUUGUUAAGAAUUGGACAAUUCAUGGACUGUACUGGGGGAGCUAUAAAGUGAACCAACCAGAAAUACUUGAAGACUCUUUAAAGGAGCUUCUAUCUUGGUUGGCAAAAGGCCUAAUUACCAUCUACAUUUCUCAAUCGUACAAACUCCGACAGGCCAACCUUGCGUUCUUGGAUAUCAGGGACCGGAAAGUAAUUGGGAAGGUAAUGCUUACUUUUGAUGACCCCAAAAGCAUAACUUCUUCUAGGCUCUAGACUACAAUUCCUCAAAUGUGAAGAUGAUAUAGGUAAGUACCAAAACUCAUGCGAAUUCUACUUACAAUAGCCGUAAUAGAACAAUAGCAUAUUGGCAUAUGUGGUUUCAACGUCAAUAACAUUUUUGUUCUUAAAUAAGGCGUGGUGUUGGUGAUAAUUAUGAAAGAUGUUAUAGAAUUUAUGGAGAGUGAAUGAGUUUAUAAUAGUUUCUUGUGGGUUUUUUGU